GAAACAAUGAGCUCAUCAUUAUCAUCUCCGGUACUUCAACUAGCCCGGCCUUUUCUCCGAGGUGAGCUAGAGAAGAUCAACCCUAAACUCCCCUCUUUGAUGGCCGUCCUCAAAAGCGUCGGCGCCGGCGAGUGUUGGCACAAACACGGCAACUUUCUUGAUCACUUGGUCGACGUCUACAAAAUCCUCAAACUGUGGAAAGCUCCUGAACCCGUCUGCCUAUGUGGUCUGUUCCACUCUGCUUACUCCAACUCCUACGUCAACUUAGCCAUCUUCGAUCCCUCCACCGGACGUGACGUCGUCCGUGGACAUGUUGGUGAGGCUGCAGAGUCGCUGGUCCAUCUCUUCUGCGUUAUACCGAGACAAACUCUGAUCCACGACGACGUUCUCUUCAAGUACUCCGACCUCGAGCUCGUCGAGCAUCUUGAACUCUCUGAGGUUUCGUUGAGGAACGCCAAGGAAAAAGGUGUUUUCGAUGGAGAGGAAGUGUGGAGGAAGAAGCUGAACGGUUUGGUGCCUGAGAACGGCGUCGUUGUGAAGCAUAUCAAGACGGGUGAAGAGAUUCUUGUUUCGAGGAGAGUAGUUGGUGUCUUCUUGCUGAUAACGAUGGCGGAUUUUAGCGACCAGUUUUUCGGGUUCCAAGACGAGCUGUUCUGUAACAAUGACGGGAGACUCGAGUUUAGAGGCAACAACGUGACGGCGUUAUGGCCUGGGAAUGGGAAACCUGGGCUGUGGAUGAACUCUAGCUCGAGGAUGGGUGCGAUCUAUAGUUUGAUAGUGAGAGAAGAAGAGAUUUUGAUGGAGCAGAGGAAAAGAGGUUAUGGUUCUGAGUUUGUGGCGAGGAAGGAGAGAGAUGAAGAUAUUGAGCUUGUGGUGCCUCCAGUCUUCAGCUUCUGCACCAAGGUACUAGAUGCAAAAGAGCAGAUAGAAGCAAGGGACAUGUACUGGGAAGCUGUGAGCAGCGACGCGAGCAAAGAAGGGUACUUGGAGAGAGCAGAGAAGAUGUUGUUGGGGUGUAUUGAGAAAAACCCAUUUGUGGGAGAGCCACAUGUGUUGUUGAGUCAAGUGUAUUUGGGAAAGAAGAGAUUCGUAGAAGCAGAAAGAGAAGCUGAGAGAGGGCUUGUCCUGCUGUUGCAAUGGGGAAGUCCUUGGGACAAGAGGAUGUCAUGGGAAGGUUGGAUUGCUUGGGUUAGAGUUCUUCUCAUGAAGUCACAUGAUCAGUCUUGGCCUGAUGUUUCUUGGGGGAUCUUGAACUUGGGUCUUGUCCGCUAAGAUUACAAUUUGUACGUGCUUGCUUAUGCUUACCAAAAUAAGGUUUAAUAAAAAGAUUGAUGAAUCAGUCGAUGCAUGUAGAUCGAAUCUUCUUGCCUUGUGGUAUAUGUCAUUGUAACUUCAAGACUUGAAUUAUAACACCCAAAAAUGUAAUGGUCUUUCAUUAGAUAAGACGUUAAUUCAUGCAAUUAUGAAGAUUGAUCACAUUUAAUA